GAGGAGCGUCUAUACAAACGUAACCUCACGAUUUUGAUGCAUAGGUAUUUUUUAAAGGCAUACAUCUCGAGAACUGAACGGAGUAUUUUCACGAUUUGAAGAACUACCGUUCUGCAUACAUAUUUUACCAAUCAUUAAAAAAUAUGCACCCGACUAGAUCUUUAAGUCCUUGUGAAAGAAGUAAACAGAGCAUUGACAUCUUGGUCGGCCGGUUGCUGAACCCGCUCAGUCACACACGAGUAGAUUUUCGAGGCACGGUAUGUUAAUAGUGCUUUGAUGGCUGGCUGGCUGCCUACCGAGAUGUACCUUAGCUACUGACUGAGAAAAGAGACUAGCAAUCCCCUCAUAUGAACAGUCAGUCCCUGUGAGCCUGUCAUUGAGGUUAGACGUGUAGACCCGUGUACUGGAUGAGCUUCGUCCUCGCUUACCAUGGCUGACAGUAGCACAGCGGGUAGUAAUACUGUCCUGUCUCCAGAGAAAAUUACGUUUUCAACAAAAAGAAUUCUGACAACAAGUGAGAAGUGGCUCAUCUUUGCGGUCAUUAUACUUUUUGUGGCCUUUCUGGUCUUCCUCGGACUUUUCAUCGCCUUUUGCGUUAAAUACAAUGAAGUCAAAGAGUCAGCUACAGUUGCUGAAAGUGUCUGCCAGACGUUUGAGUGUUUGGAUUCAGCUGCCUACAUCGCCAAAAGUAUUAACAUCAGUGUGGAUCCUUGUGAGAACUUCUACCACUUCGCGUGCGGACGCUGGUUGGAGGACCACCAAAUACCCGCAGACGACAUCACCGUCAGUGCCUUUUCGAUAAUAUCUGAGGACAUCAAGCAAACGCUGAAAGAACUUCUUAUCCUUGAUGACCCUGAGGCUCCAGAAGCAGUCAUGCAGGCACGAACAUACUUCCGGUCCUGCGAAGAUGUUGAUACCAUAGACAAAUUGGGCAAGAAGCCACUACUCGACCUACUCGAUUUGAAUGGAAGAGGCAUCUACCCGACACUUCAACCAUCCUGGACAGACACGGGUAUGACUUUCUCGGACAUUGUUGAGUACCUCACAAAUUGGGGUGCCUUUGAAUCUAACGCCUUAAUCAUCAUGAGUGUCGUCGUUGACGAGAUGCAGUCAGACAACCACAUAAUUCUGUUCUCUCAGACUGAUCUGAUACUGCCGUCCCGAGAUAUGUAUCUGGGAGAGAGAAACAGCACUGAGCUGAAUCUCUUAGAAAACCUAUAUGGCCAAGUCCUCGAGGCCCUGGGGGCAAACGCUACCACAGCUGGUCUAGACGCCGAGGACGUGGUGGACUUUGAGAUUCAACUGGCCAAAGCUCUUGAUCCACCAGAGAAACUUCUCGACAGGGCCAACCAAUUGCGUAAAAUGUCUCUGGCUAACUUGACAAAGACCUUUCCAGAGUUUGACUGGCUUGACUAUUUGCAUCGUGAGUUCAACAAGACUGGCGAGAUUUAUAACAUCACAUUGGAUGAGAUGGUAGCCAUCGAUGCGUUAGAGUAUUACACCAAGCUCUUUGCCUUGGUCAAUAAAACGUCUAGCAGGACUCUGCUGAACUAUUGUGUAUGGCGUCACGUGUGGUCGGCUCUGCCGUAUCUGGACAAAGAGUUGCGAGACUUGCAUGCGAACUUCAAUAAGAUCUUGUAUGGCACAAGACGUUUGCCAGAACGCUGGAAAACUUGCGUACAACAAACUGACGAUUCCUUUCCCUACGCUGUAGGCAGACUGUAUGUGGACAAAAGAUUCUCUCAGGAAGAUAAACAAAGGAUGGAAAAGAUGAUUGACAGUCUCAUUAGGACUUUCAGAGAACUGCUGCAAGGAAGCAGCUGGAUGACACAGCCUACGAAGGAAGCCGCCCUGAAAAAACUGAGCUUCAUUACUAGGAAGAUUGGCUAUCCGGAUCUCAUUCUAAAUGACACCGCUCUCAACGCCAAAAGUGAUAUGUACGAAGUAGACCUACAAAAUUUCUUUGGAACUGUCAAUGAGAUAAAUAAGAAAGAUUACCUCUGGAUGCUAAAGAACCUACGUAAGCCCGUGGACAGAACUAAAUGGUUUAUGUCUGCAUCUACUGUGAAUGCUUACUACGAUCCUUCAUCUAACGAAAUAGUGUUUCCAGCGGGAAUUCUCAACCCACCAUUUUACAGCAAAACGUUUUCCGACGCCCACAUCUACGGUAGUAUCGGAGUAGUCAUCGCUCAUGAACUCACCCAUGGCUUUGAUACUACAGGUAGUACUUAUGAUGAGAAAGGUAACCUGCGGCAGUGGUGGCAAGAGGACGAUCUCAAGAACUUCCAAAGUCGAACUCAGUGCAUGGUGGAUCAGUACAAUCAGUUCGUGGACAAGGAGCUGAAUAUGACCGUGAAUGGGCGGCUGACAAUAGGAGAAAACAUCGCAGACUGCGGAGGAGUUAAAGGGGCUUUCAGGGCAUAUCGCAGUGUUAUCACAGAGAGAGGCCAAGAAGAGAACAAGUACCCGACACUACCGUACACACAGAACCAGAUCUUCUUUAUCGGCUUUGCACAACUUUGGUGCAGUCGUUAUCUGCCAAAGUUUCGUGCAGUCCUGCUACAGACCGACCCUCACAGUCCAGAUGUCUUCAGGGUUCUAGGAUCUAUUCAAAACAGUAAAGAGUUUGGAGAAGUCUUCAACUGUCCCGUGGGAACACCCAUGAAUCCACAGAAAAAGUGUGAGGUCUGGUAGAAAGCAAGGCAAAAAGGAAAAAACAUCAACGGCAGCGAUGACUCAGAGGACACUUUGUUUGAUUGCAACUCUUCGCAUUUUCCCAUACUCUGCUGGUGAAAUAUUUUGGGAGCGCUUUAAAGUCGGGACUCUUUUAACACUGCUAUUCAUCGGAUAAAAUUAUCUGUGUUCUGUUCUCAUGUUAGUUAUCAUUAUUAUAAAUUAACUGUAUUUUAAUCUUUUAUUGUACUCAGUAGAUAAGUUUCUCAGUUAAGGCCUAUUCUCACGCCGCAAUAUUCGGCACUUAGCGUGGUUAGCAGCCACGCAAGGGUUAGCGAGUUAUGCACACGGCACGCAGAAAGGCCUUGUAGCUUGGUUUCGGAAUAUAGCGCGUUUCUAUUUUCUCGCUAGACCGACCUACAUUGUAGGGCUGUAGCCAAUCGGAAUGCUUGAACACAGUGGGCUCCCUUUUUACCUCCACAUUGUAAACAAGGGCGAUGUGGUGGGAGGAGAGCUGUGUUCUCAUGAUUUCUCUUUGGGAGAAUUAUCCGUGUCUGUUCGACACUGUACACCCGGAUUACAUGAACAGAUAUAAGGCCAAGAAUGCCUUCACGGAAAUCGCUCGUGCUAUGGGCAAAGAAAUCUAAGAAGUUCAUUAAAUCUAGAAGAUGACAUACGCAAAAAGCUUCUACACUCGCGUGGAUCUUCCAAAGAUACUUCUUUUCAAAGAAGAGAAUAUGCUCCUAAUCGACUCAUACGUGUUACCAACUCCCUCACGCACAUCUUUUUUUCUUUAUUUCUCUCUCUGUCUCUCCGCUUCAAAUAAUAUAACUAUCGUAGCCACAGUUGCUUCUAAAAGUAUCUCGUCGAUGUCGUCUGCCAUAUUGUUGACUUCCCAUAAUGCGCUGAGCGGAUGACGUCACUCGCAAGACACGUGCGUGGCCUAGCUACGUGAGAAUAGGACGAUGGCGCUAAGCUGCCUAGACGCAAGUUUUUUGUACAAGAACAUUGCCGCGUGAGAAUAGGCCUUUAAGUACUGUGGAAUCUCUUGAACUGGAAUAGUAUUUUGAUUGUGUACAUUUAAUUUUUUUAUUUUAAGUUUCAAUUUUGGAAAAACACAAUAAAUAAUGUGGGCUGCAA